UGAGAGUUGAUUACUAGUAACCUUUGGAAGGUAGCUCCUUCUUAUUAAUGAUCGUCUAGUCUGAGCAUCGCAUUGACGGAAGACACGGAAGAAUAUUUAUAUGUUGCUGUAAAUAAGUAUUCUUUAUUCAUUGACACGGUUGAGAAGUCAGUUGAAUAUGUGCACUGUAUCGCGUUCAAGGCGUAGGAUUUGAAAUCACCGGACUUAAUAAUUAGGCUUACGGGGAUUAUUGUACGAGUCUGCGCUACAAACAGAUAUGAGAUCUGGAUUACAAGCGGGGUUUAUAGUCGCUCUGGCCGUUCUUGGGCUUGUCAUACCGAUAUGUUCCAUCGGAGAACAUCAUCCAUGGAAGCAGCCAAAAAACAAAAAUUCCAAAGGCACAAAAAAAAAUAUUAAAGUACCAAAGCCAAAGUUUGUGGUGGGUAUAGAUGAUGCUUUAAGAAAAGGUCAGGCGGUGUUUUCGUCCGAUGCAUCAGCGCCAGAUUUAAAAGUAGUUCCAGACACUGAAGUCGAUAUAUUAUCAGAAUACGGAACUAUUUCCAGAACUUCUUUCUCACGAAAGGGAUAUUCAGCAAGAUCAGUGACACGCUGUGGGACAAAAGAACCGAAGGGGAAAGUAAAGAUACCAAGAAAAAUAAAGCCGUGGAAAAUAUCAAAACGUAGACGUGGCAAAAAACGCAACAAACGAUCAAACAAGCCCCUUAGAACGAUACCUAUCAACUUUCAUGUUAUAUACUCUGAAGAAUAUUACCAAUAUCCAAAUGUUGGAGGUAAGCUUGAUAGAGCACGGAUCGAAUCUCAAAUAGCCAGUCUAAAUAACGCAUAUUCCGGUGCGGUGUCCAAAGACAGCGUGGAUACCCGCAUUCGCUUCACUUUAAAUAAUGUUUCAUACACUGAUAAUACGACUUGGUUCUUCUAUUGUGACUACUAUUUUGAUGUCAUAAAGAAGGAGGUCGUAGUCGACCCGGCCACAACACUAAAUCUCAUUAGUUGUAGGCCAUUUGGUGGUUUUGGCGGAUGGGCGACACUACCCUAUCUUGAUAUUCCAGAGGACGACUAUCGCAACGCUGUGUUCAUUAAUCAUGACGCCGUAAAAGGGAGCAAUAAGUACCCAUAUUGGACGCAAGGUUAUACGGCUGUUCACGAAAUUGGGCAUUAUCUAGGUUUAUAUCACACUUUUCACGAUUACAAAUGCCACGCGGCGGACGAUGAAACUGGAGGCGAUGGUGUAUCAGACACUCCACCAGAGGUGACCUAUGGUUUACGAUGUAAGGACAUUGGUCGGGAUACGUGCAAAGGUGACACGAAUGACACAAUUGUGCCUCCUUAUAACGGCAAAGACCCUGUUACAAACUUUAUGGAUUACACAGAGGACUCUUGUAUGUUUGAAUUUACUGCUGGACAAGCAGCAGUCUUGAACAACGUCACUGCUUCAAAGAGGCCAUCCCUGAUACUCAAUUAAUAGUUCGUUAUAAUAUAUGGUGUUCGAGCUUAGCUGACUGCCAAAAUGACCACUGCAUGUUCCACAACUAGUUACUUAGACGGAACGUCAAUGUAACAAAAUGGAUGAACUUCCUGAGUUUUUUUCUUUUCUCGAUUUAACCCUACUUAUAAUUUGCAGAUUAUAAUUUGGCACAAA